AUGCCUACCUGCGCCAAGAAGCUCUUGUACGCUGGUGCGUGCCUGGUGGCGGCCGGCCUUCUGACAUGUCUGGUGUUGAUUACACUUUUCUUCAUCCAGUUAGGAUCGCCAGGUGAGGUCUUGAUCGAUGGCCAAGAAAACUUUACGCUCACGGCCGUUGAGCCGCGUAUUGGCUUCACUUUCUUCCGCGAGUGGGGCACCAACGGCACAGAGCAUUGCCGCACCUUGCACAUCAUAUCGCCAAGCGGAAACGACGUCACAUUUUGGUGCGGCGUGCAUAGCAUUUCCCAACCACAGUUGGAGAAAACCGGACAUGUCGAACUUAAUCGAGAGUUUGGUACUUACACGGUGACCUCUGGCCAAGCCACGUGGGUCGUGGACAGGUACGAUUACUGGGGCAAAGGCCACCCACAAGCACCGUUCCUGUCGGUAUGGCAAUCAGUGCUGUGGGGAGCGUUCUUCUGUUCUUGGGCUGUUGUGCUGCCUCGGCAAGAAGAAUAG